AUGCUUCUCGUUCUGACUCUGGUGGUUCAUCCUGGCCGCUUUUGCUUGGGGCAAUCGGACCCCAACAACUCAACUAGUGCGCCAGCACCAGUCAUUUCCCCUAGUACUGCCAACGUCUCCGUGAAUGAGAGCAUAUUUCCAACAGCGCCGGAGGCGGCACCCUUCUGGCCUCCGGUGGGAAACAAUGCCUCUGGCAACUUCAGCCCAUCUACGCCUACCGCCACGGCUGGUGCGACCCUGCAGUCGGUCGGCUCAAUGACGACGAAGUCAUUUGCUCCCUCGACUUUCACCAAGAUCUCGAUGCAGCCUCUACAGGGCAGCAACAAGGCGUGCACGUACAAGUUCCAGUUCCAGGUGGCAGAUGACUCCAACCUCGAGUACUGGAUCACAUCUGGGUCAUUGUGCAACGCAAACCCUCCUACCACCUACGAUAGCCACGCAACCUUUACUUCAAACGAUGGCCUACUCUUGAAGUCGGACACUAUAUUCAAUGGUAGAGAUGGUGCUUGUAUCAUCUUCAAAUGCAACAACAAUUAUUGGUAUAACCAGUACUGCCAACUGAACACCUACGACAUGUCCUCGGAGACCAAAUGCGAUUCUUCCUGCCCUCAAAGCACCAGUUCCUACAUGGGCGAUGGCGGCCAGAAGGUCACCAUCAACUCGGCCGACUACUAUCUGUCUCGCCGGGCGGCGCAGGGUCUGAGCCUCGACCUUGGGAAAAUAUGGACAGGCAAAAGCCUGUCAACGGUUGCUGCACAAAUCACCGUAUCCGACUACGGGUAUAGUCAAAAUGCGCAUGGCGUCUACCUCCCUAAAGUAGGUGCCCCGGGGACCUACUGGUGCGGUUCAGGCAACAUGGGAGCAACCUCCUGCAGCCUUAGGGCGCCCUUCACUGCCUCCGACCGGGUUUCCGUCUCUUUGAACUCUGGCGGGUCAGUCGUUGUCCCUGGAGGCGCCGUUGACUUUAACACGGUUGUGCUGAACAAUAUGUAUUACAAUCUGUUCACGGGCUACGGGAGCUCGGACGGCCAAGUGUGGAUGUACAUUGGCGUUUCCUGCACUAGCAGCUCUAACGACGAGUGCAGUCUUGUCCCGGUCUCGUGUCUCAACAGCCCCCCGGUCUACGUUCCACCGCCGACAAACGCCCCGGUUUAUGUGCCACCACCCACAAACGCCCCGGUUUAUGUGCCACCACCCACAAACGCCCCGGUUUAUGUGCCCCCGCCCACAUAUAAUCAGCAGCAGCCAGCUGUCAACACGCCGGCGCCCUAUUGGUCGAGCAAUCCAAGUCCGCCUCCCACCAACCAGCAGCAACAAUAUCAAGGCAGCAGUGUUACUGGAGCGGGAAUCAUCGGCAGCUCCGGAGCUGGGGAGUUUGCUCAGCCAAGCCUACAUCAAAUCUUGGCUGUUUUCGCGGCAGCACAGGUGCUUCUGGCGAUCUUGGCUUAA